UUCUCUUUAAAUUGGUGGAUUUUUAUGAUUAGUGAAUAAAGUAAAAAUGUACAUAGAAAAAAUGUGACCAGUGUUCAUUGUGUACAAUGUAUACAUGCUAGUUAAAAAGAUGCUUUAAAUGCGCUCCAGCAGAACAUAAACUAGACUAUAUCGAAGAUGUCCCGGCUGUUUGUGAGGAAAAAACAGCGGGAAAAAUAUGAGCUGAAGACCAAGGAUAAUUUUCAGCCCCUGGAGGAGAGUACAUCCAGUCCGGUUCACAGUGUACAUAAUGUACAUAGUUCACUAAGUACACAAGGUGUACAAUUGGGGGUAAAUGGGACAAAUUCAAGUUAUGGGAGCAUUACAUCUCUGCUUAAUAACGAGCAACUUGCAGAGGAUAAGUGGGAAGUUCGAUACACAUUGAAGGAUGUUUUUAAUCAGAGUAAUCCAACCACACCCCAUAAUUUGACAGCUUUAAGAGGAAAAGACGACAUAUCUACAUAUUUUAAUGAUAAAAUAAGAAAAAUCGACUUUGUUUUGGUAUAUGAGGAGGACAAGAAGGAUAGUAUUGACAAUCCAGGGUUUAUGUUUGAUGUUGAAAACCAGGAGGGAGUCGUUAAUAAUGGGGGUGCACCCACCCCCUCCCCUACACAUCACAGGAAAAUUGGUAAAAAGAAGCAGAAAUUCCGACUGUGGAGGCAAAAAUUUAUCUCUGGUCUUCAAAGUAUUGGGCUUGACAUAGAAAGCGAUGUGGUUGCGCAGUGUAAAAAUAAUCUUCACUUUUUAAAAAUCCACGCUCCUUGGUCUCUCAUCUGUAGAUAUGCAGAGGAACUGAACCUUAGAGCUCCUUUACAGGCUCAUCCGAACCCCUCCAUGAAUUGGUCAGAAUGGAUCCUUCAGAAACUCCGUCUCCCGAACCCUAUGUUUGAGAAUGUUCCAAACCGUCCGUUGGAUUACUACACUUGUCCUUUUAAAACUACAAAACUAGAUAGUUACAGGCAGUUCCUUGGGAGUGAUGAUCUUGGGAGUUUCUUCUCCCGUGCUCAAAGAUCAAGAAUUGUUUAUGAAAUAUUAUCCACAACAGCAUUCGGGAGGGAGAAGAAAGGAGAGAUUAAUCUGGGUACAAUUUAUUACAGAUUAAUCUGGGAACAAUCCAUUACAGAUAAAUCUGGGUACAAUCCAUUGUAG